CAAGUUUUGGAUGGGAGGUAAAACGAUUUUCAAGGUCAAUGCCAGAGGUGCACUGGAUCGAUAUAGCUAGGAUUUGAUUUCUAGACACCGACACUGAAAGACAAUCUGUUGCACAGUCUUGACAGCAUAGAAUCUUAAGAGUAUUGGUUAUAUGUACCUUGGCCAUACCAAAUUCAUAAUUUAUUGGAGAGGAAAAUAUUUUUUUUUUAAUUACAGGUAGAUGGAUGCAACAUCCUGGGAGAUAAUCGCGCAUAUUUGGAGCCUCAAAACAGUUGCGCAAAUGAUGCAUAUAUAUCAAAUCAAACUGGGAUUAAAUUAUCAGUCAGGUUGCGGAUGCUGGACGGGCGACAAGUGUAUUGUAUUAGUGGUUUCGUUAUUUCUUCAAAUGAUGUUAGUGGGACAAUCUCAUUGAUUUUCUUCAUUCGAAAAUCCAUAAUAUUACUUGAAUAAGCAUAGUAAUUGAGAAAAAAGCGCUUGCGCUGGCGGCGCCUUUUUACAUGGCCAGUAACACGCCGCCAGGCCCACAACCGCCAGUUAGUCGUGAGCAUUGGGGGCGGAAGAGUAGUGAGAAGACGUACCCAAGAUGUAGAUACGAUAAACUACGGGGUAAGACAUUUGGACGAUUCCGGCAUCUAGCCUACCACGUCCUGCGGCCGGAUACGAUGAGCCAUCAGAAGAAUAAGUUCAAGGUUCGCGUGAUCCCUCAGCAAGAUAAACGUAUUUGCGCCACUAUAUGUUUAUGCCAAUUAAUGAUUGUCUUCAGCGGUGUCUCUCUCAUAUACCUGACGGUGGCCGUUUACAUACCCGCUUACAAGGCCUUCUACUCUGGCUACGAGGAGAGACCCGUCAUGUGCCAAACGAUUAACACGAGCGUCAACAACAACUGCAGCUGGGCUUCUUGCGGUGAAUGGUGUCUUACAAAAACAUCGGGCUUCUGUCCCCAGGUUCACGUAACGACCCGACAAAAUGGCACAACAAUGCAACUUCAAGACUGCACAGAAUUUAUGUCCGUCUCUUGUCCAGAUGUUGUCACCAGCAAGCUGAGAAGAUACAACUGCAACAAUGGGAGCGAAUGUAGCAACCUCAGUGGAGUGUUCAACUGUACAUUGGGACACUGCUCUAACCUAUCGGAAGUGUACCAAUGCCAUCAUAAGGCCGAUGGUCAUGUACUUGACAGUGAUAAAGACAACAUGAAGAUGACUGGGUUCUUCGAGUGCCGCGGCUCCAGAUGCACCAAGAUCAAGCGGCCCUUCACUUGUGAUCGCUAUUGCGAUCACAUCAACAGCAGCGACAUCAACGUCAUCAUCACCAUCGAAGAUACAUUGUACACGGCUAGAUGCAGCGAAGCAAUUGCUACAACUAUAGCUAAUGGUAAUGAGCCAGAGACCAAAAUUGAUCCCACGGUAUUCUGGAAGGAAGACCCUCGAUAUAUAAUGAUGACCUCCUGCAACACACUCGUACGCAACGAAUCCAUUAUCGAAGGUACCGAUUGUUUGAAUGGCACUAUUUAUAAGAAAGAAGACAUACCAGGCCCUACUAUGAAUUUCACCACCUUCUGGUCGCUCCGGCCCAAGGCUCUGCGACCAGUUGAUCCAAGGCAGAGGUUCAUUCCUCCUCAAUCGACGCUUACCAUUUACAACAGCUCGAAACUAUUGAUAAACAUUGACGGAUGUGUCAACACCCUUAGAGGCGAAUGCCGCGAAUUUAUGAACAUCAAUGGAAGAGAUGGCCGCAACCAAACAGCACAAUCUAGAUUCCCUUGUUACUACAAAAAAAAUAUGCCAGCGACAGUACUUCUACGCUUCGAUUUAAAUGAGACCCGAAAGUAUCUCAUAAUUGCAGCAGUCCUCCCUUCGACCAUCUUCGUAGUAUCAUUUGUCACCCUGUGUGUUAUAAUGCGAUGCGUCAAGGUCGGUGACGACGCCAAGAUGAGGUGUAUCCUCUGCACGGAAACUCCAGAAUCCGAAUCUGAGAUGACAGCUAUCAGUAGAUUCGACGAUUUGUCCCCCUACGAAGGACCACCCAAAAAAGACGAGACACCAUUGGUAAACUGAACUCCCUUUUCCAGCAUUCCCUUUCGAUGUCGGGCCUCUUGACCAAUUUAUUUAAAAUGUCCCUAUGUUUCUUUUCCCGUUCAUCUUCAUGUCUUGAUUCAUUAAAAAAAAAUACUGAGACUUUCAUACACAAUAAUUUAAGAGUAGUAAAAUAUUUUUAUUUUAUUUCAAAUGAUAUUCAACAAAAUAGUUGACUUCAAAAUUC